AUGGAUAACCACUUGGGUCCACCAACUUAUAACUACUUUACCAAAGAAAAACCACAAACCACAAAUCAGCAGUAUGGCUUUUUCUAUCGAGAAGGGCAAGUCGGUGACGUCGAUAUUCUUCAAAACAAGGCUGCUUGUAAUGAAAUGGUGACGUCUUCGCACUCACUUAAUCACCACACGAAUUUUCGAUCAUCAAAACUGAGACCAUCACUACCUAGAAAGAUAACAUACCAUGCUGCAUCACCAUUAAAAAAGCACAAAAAAGAAUAUGAAGUUGGUGGUGGAAGAAAGGAUCCAGAUACGCGUCUAACUAGAGUUAAAGGUAUUCAGCUGUGGCAUGCCCAUACAGGAUCAUUGGUUCACGUUGAACCUUAG